AUUAAUUAUAAUGCAUAAGUAAGAAUUGUGAUAGUUGACGCACCCGAUAUCAAGUAUAUGUCUGAUUUUAGACAUUUCGGUGAUGUUUUGGCUUUCAAAUGUAGCUUGUUAAUAUCUGUAUGAGGCUAUUUUUACGAAAAUGUUUUCAACCUGCAUUCUUGCAAGCACCGCCUUAUUUUUUCCGGAGUGUCUAAUCCUGAGCUACGAUUGGUUGCUGUACUCACAAGGUGCUCCCUGAUUGGACAAUCGUAGGUCCUGAAUGAACGAAUCUGCGCGCUGUGCUCUGUGACUCAAACCAGCAGAUUUCAUUUUUCUACCAACAUAGUUAUAUUUCAUAUUGAUGCUUAAGCCAUAGCUUGAUUAAAUGGAAGCGAUAUUUCGCCCUCCAAAAAGGAGGACGAAGGUUUAUGAAUCUUUUGAAGCACCACUUCCUGUUCCGUUCAGCAAAGACUCCCCAUCAGAACAGCAAAUAGAAAUAUACAAAGCUGAACUCGUACAUCAGCAUGUCAUAGUCAGAGGAAGCGAACACAUUCAGGCUCUUUAUGGAAAGGGUUAUUUUGGUAAAGGAGUUCUCUCCAAAAGUAGACCACAACACAGUAUUUCUGAACGGUGGGAAUAUAUCGGUGACAGAUGUUUACCUGUCAUUCCUUUGGCAAAAUACGAGCAGCACGUAAGAUGGGCCCACUCUGCUCUCCUGGCUCAGGGAUUGGAUAAAGAAGCUGUCAGUCAGACGCUGAAGAUGCUGACUCAUCCUAUUGAUCUGGAUCUGGAAAAAGAGCACAGUAAAGAGGAAGUGGACUUUCAGGAGUGUCAGGCACCCUCUUCAGAUCAGGAUCAGUCAAUGGAGCAUGUAGCAGCUGCGAAAUGUGAUGAUGGAGAGGAAGAGGAAGCGGGAACGCCAGAGGCUAAGAGACCUCGCAGACAAGGGGACCCUCACUACGAUCCUCUGGCUGAAAUAUAUCCCGAAGAACCCGAGCAAAUCGAUCCGGACGUGUUUGCCAAAAUCAAAUGCAAACGACACGAUGACUGGAUACUUCAUUGUGGAUGUCGAAUAGAUGCGAGUGAAAUGAUGAGUGGUGGCUCUGUUUCCGACACACAGGGCCGCGAUCUGUCAUUAGCUCAUGGUUAUGUUUUGGUGGAUAAACCUGAAGAAAAAGAUGAAGAUAGAGGUCCUAAUGAGGAUAUCAAAAGAGGCAGAAGAGGCAAGUUGGUAUGCCGAAUCAACCCAUUUAACAUGAUGGAGUACCUACAGCUCAGUUAUGAAGAGGCUUUCUUCCUGGUUUACGCGCUUGGAUGCUUGUCAGUUUUCCAUGAAGGGGAAGCCUUGUCUAUCCUUCAGCUUUGGAGAAUAUUUCGUUCUGCGCAGCCCAACUUCGAGAUAACGUACGCAGCCUAUCACUACUUCCGCACUAAAGGAUGGGUGCCCAAGUCAGGCAUUAAGUACGGCACUGAUUUAAUGCUCUAUCGAAAGGGACCACCAUUUUAUCAUGCAAGCUACUCUGUGGCAGUGGAGAGAGUAGACGAGUCAUUCCAUGGUGCUGCUCUGAGGCCGUUUACCUGGAGAUCUUUAGCUGCUCUGAGUCGAACCACUGCCAAUGUCUCUAAAGAGCUGAUGGUUUGCUACGUCAUCGUGCCUUCGGGUUUGACCGGAGAGGACAUCUCCUCACCAGACUGCCUGAAACGGCUCAAAAUUCAGGUCAGGCAAUUGCAAAUAUGUAAAGAGAUUAUUGUGAGCAGAUGGAUAUCAUCAAGAGAACGAACAGAACAAGAAGAAAUCUAGAUGUGAUUUAUGCUCGAGUCUUAAUAAAACUUCUUUGCACUUCCUGUAA